AUGGGAUCUGAAGAUUAGGUUUUGAAAGCCUUGUAUAAAUUGGCCGUUCAAAAGCCAUUUAGAUAGGUGGUUCAAGAUUUCGGUCGCCCAACUCUUGCACAAGUGCAUUUUAGAAAGUUAAUUAUAUAAAUAGACCCGUCAAUUUCAAUUACAGAUUGUGACCGAUUUUAUUAAAAGGCUCUGAUUGAUCACAAAAGUUUGGUAGGAUUGACAGUUGAGAUCCUAGAAAAAAUUACAGAGAAUUAAGAGAAGGUCGAACUUGUAUUAUCCAAAUAAGAUUUAUAAACAAUCUCUGCGAUAAUCCAAAAUUAUCGUGCUAAAAGACUUGAUAUUGUAAGAGUAUUCAAAUUUUUCGAUAAAAACAGAGAUUUGUCCUUAGAAGAAAGAGAAAUCAAAGAACUCAUUGAAUUUUAUCACAAUUCAAUUACUCCCUAGGGAUAUCAAUCACUUAGAAAUAAGAUUGGAAAUUUGAAAUUUUCCUGUGAUCAUUUAAGAUAAUUAUUUCAAUAAUGGGAAUAAAUAGUGGAUAAUCAAAAUAAAAAUCCACAAUAAGAAUAAGUUAAAUAUACUAUAAGAUCUUAAUUGGAAGAGAAAAAAAAAGAAGAUGAAGUUGUACCUGUUCCUGUACCAGUUGAAGAUGUUGAACAAUAAGAAGUAAAAGAUGAUCAAGUAGAUUUUGCUGAUUUCAUUAAUAUUGACUUACAUAUCACUGGAGCCAAAGAGUUAGUAUAGAUUAGAGAGGGAUUAAAAAAAACUAAAUAAACUUUUGUUGACAAAGACUUCCCAGCAUCAGUAAGAAGUUUAGGGAUGAAAUUUUGUUAAUUGUCAUGGAAAAGAAUGAGUGACAUAUUUUAGAAUAACCUAAAAAUGUUUAAUGUAGAUGAUUCAUAAGACAGUAGAGUUGGAUUAGGGAAGUGGAUCUCUCACAGAGAUAUUAAAUAAGGAAUUCUAGGAGAUUGUUACUUUUUAUCUUCGAUUAGUACAAUAGCAUGCAGAUGGCCUGAAGUAAUUAAGGACCUGUUCAUAAGUCAAAGAGCAAAUAAGGAAAAACUAUAUGCAGUAAGAUUGUGUUUAGAUGGUGAAUGGAAAGUAGUUGUAUUGGAUGACUUUAUCCCAGUUAAUGGUUAGGGAAAUCCAGCUUUUUCUAAAAAUGCAGGUGCAGAAAUGUGGGUUGCAUUGUUAGAAAAAGCUUGGGCUAAGAUGAAUAUAGAUUACACAGAUAUAGAGGGUGGUGAUCCAAGAGAAGUUAUUAAGAGUAUCACUGGUGGUCCCACUUGGAUUGUAUUUACGAAUGCUGCUGAUUUCAAGAUAACAAUUACAAAAAUGUUCAGAUAUGAAGUGUGUUAUGACUAGUGGUACUUUUGGAUCAAAUCCGAAUUAUACUAAUUAUGGUUUGGAGCCUGGACAUGCAUAUUCAUUAUUGAAGGAGAAGUCACUCUAUUAAAAAUUAGGAAUCCUUGGGGAAAUAAGGAAUGGAAUGGAGAUUGGAGUGAUGGAAGUUCCUUAUGGACAGAGGAUUUAAAAGAAUAAGUCAAAUUUGGUAAGAAGGAGGAUGAUGGCAUCUUCUUUAUGGAAAUCAAAGAUUUCUAAAGAUACUUCUAAGCAAUUUUUGUUGGCUAUUUUAGAAAGGAAUAUUUAUACAACUCUAUUAAAUAAAUGGCCAAAAAGACUAAGACUAUUUAAUACGAUAUUGAUAUUCCAAAUGAUGGCGAAUACUAUUUCACAGUUCAUCAAGAGGCAAUAAGAAGAUACAAAUUGAACAAAGAUAUUAAAUAUGAAUAUUCUUAUGUUAGAAUCUUAUUGGCUAAAAAUACAGGUAAAGGAGAAUAUUAAUUCAUUGACUAAAAAUAAUAAAAGGACAUUGAAGUACAUCUAGGAGGCUAAUUGACAAAGGGUAAGUAUUCAGUUUAAAUUAAAAUUAAAUGGGCUGUUCCUACUUGGAAUGAACAUGAAUAUUAAUUCAGUGUCUAUGGAUCUGAAUUCUUAAGACCAAAAUAAGUGCCUAGAGAUGCUGACUUAAGAAAAGCAGUUAUGUUAUAAGUAGCCAGAGAAAACAAGAACUUGUAACAAUUAACCACUGGACUAUUUUGUGCUAUGGAAACAGUCGUUUCUAAAGGAUUGGGCUAUUUUUAUUAUAAGAACUCCUCACAGAAGACUUUCAAAUUAAAGAACACUUUAUCGAAUAAGUAAGGUGUUAAGUUCUUGAAGCCUGAAAUUGGAGACAACUAUUUGAUAGAGUUGGCUCCAGGAGAAGACAAAAUCGUACUCUACAGUCUAGAUCCAAGUGGAGUUGCUUUCACUCCAAAGCAUCAAUUGGUCUAAUGA